CACAGCGUCCUCCAUCCUCCUGUUGUUAACGUAGAUCUUUGUUUCUGUUGUUGAACGCGGUGCACAAAUGAUGUCGCUGUCGACCGCCUUGCAUCACUUCUUCGUAACACACUCUCGGUGCGAAUGCAACCCUUUAAAUGGUACUGGGAAAUGGUAAAAGGGCUCCCCCCUUGUGCAUUGACAAUAAAAUUGUCCUGUAUCAAUCUCGGUUUCAGUGUACAUCUGCUAACAAUGGAUGGUUCUCUGGUAAACUCUGGAAUACCACUGGCGUCACAAAUGGUGGUUUCUCCCAUUACUCAAAGCUCUGGUAACUUGAGCGGAAAGCCUCGGGACAAGCGGAAGACUCCUGCAUUUCUGUCCAACUUGGGCAAGGCUACCUUAAGAGGCAUCCGCAAGUGCCCUCAGUGUGGCGUUUACAAUGGGACCCGUGGCCUCAGCUGUAAGAACAAGGCCUGUGGAACCAUCUUCAGGGAUGGGGACCAUGGAACGGGACGUUUAAAGAAAGGGGCAUGUGAAGUGGUUCGAGUUGUGACAGACAGUGGAGGUGGCAGGGCUGGAGGGUCGCAAGUGUUCUCUGUGCGUCAGCGGGGACAUGGCUCUGAACAACGAGGCUUUGUUGAGUUAGUCCUCACGGAUACAGCUAUUACUACUGCAGAUGGAACCCUGUUGACCCGUGUCAACCUCGGUCGCUGUUACAUGCCCUCUUGCCAGCAGAACGAAAGUGAGUUGACAGUUGAAGGUGGCCAUCAGCAAGUGUCGCAACCAUCCAAAAGUCCCUGUACCCAUGUGAAGCAAGCCAUGGAGUGUCAGACCCAAGCAACACCUCUGCCACUCAAGAGCUCUGUGCUGGAGGGCCUAGUGGCCACUUCCCAAGACAAGGAAGAGUUGUGGAGGCUGGCUACCGAGACACCAGGACCCCUGGUGCAGAGGGUCUCUAAAGGGACCCUAAUAGUGAAGUGCCAGCCAGGUGAAGCCCACCCUCUGGGACUGCUGCAUCUGACAGUGACCGUAUCUGGUGUUAAAGACAAGACUAUGAGUCUGGCUCCCUUUCACUGUGCAUGUUACGUACCUAAUACCAAGGGGGAUUUGGGGGUGAGAAGUGGGGGUCAGUCUAACAUCAACGAAGGAGAAAAUUCCCACCAGCAUAGUUUACCCGAGUGCUGCCUCCAUUUCUAUGCUUGCGUUUGUGCCUUUACAAGUGAUGAAAAGCUGACCUCUGAGUUUUCAGCUUUCCUCAACUACAACAUUAAUGGACUGCAGGAGAGGGCAGAUACAAUGCUCAGUAUACCUGAGUCUCAACAGCACAUUGAGCCUUCCAUUUCUCACCGUUCCAAGAGACUCAAAUUUGUGGAGUCCUCUACUGAUACUUCUGCUCCCACCCUAAACCAGCGCAAGCCCACUCACAGAAAAAACUCCAGCUCUACUGGGCUUAGGAACCCAGGAAGUAGCCAGCCGGUGGAUGAGACACAUGUGUCUCUGGGUUUCCAGCAGUGGUUGGCCAGUGUUACCGAGAGGAUCCAUCAGACGAUGCACUUUCAGUUUGAUGGAAAGCCUGAGCCGCUGGUGUUCCACAUCCCUCAGGCUUUCUUCAAUGCAUUACAGCAGCGUUUAUCAUUGGGCUCAAAGAAGAGACGACUACCCAACUACACCACCACAUUUGUGCGUAAUGACGCUUUGCCUCUGGGCUCUUUCUCUAAAUACUCCUGGCACAUUAUCAACUUGAUGCAUGUGAAACGCAUCUUUGAUACCCCAGAGUUACCUCUAGAACUCACUCAGAGUUUUGUGAAGAACAGUGACGGCUCCUAUUCACCGUACCGCUGUCGGUCAACUCCUCCUGAUCCUGGAUCAGACACCUGCCACCAUUCACGCACCAAUAAGCCUCUGGCCAUCAGACCUCUGGAGCUACGUACCUUCCUCAGAGUGGGGACAUGUGCUGCUGAGCAGACAGAACCUGUGCCCUUUGUGAUUGAAUGGAUCCCAGACAUCCUUCCACACUCACAGGUGGGAGAACUGAGGAUCGGGUUUGAGUACGGCCAUCAGCUAGGCAGUAAACCGGAGCACUGCAAGAGUACUGCUGGGACAAAGAAAACUGAACAAGCAGAUGCCAUCCCACACCAGUGAAGACCCACUGUAGUAACACCUCAUGCAAUUCGACAAUUACAGUUCUCCAUUGGUCAUGAUGUUCCCUUAUAAGGAAAAUCAAAAACAAUCCCACAUUCUAUUGCACUUUAGAUAAGAAUGAGAAACUUAUAAGGUGCUAUUCAGGAAAAUUUUCAUUUUCAGAAACAGUUGCAUGACAGCACCGGACAUACAAAUGUAAAAUAUUUAUAAUACAAGUGUACAAAAAAUAAUACAGUGUUACAUGUUUUGUGCUGUACAAUAAUAUCACAUAGUCAUUUCUUGUUUUCAGAAAUCAUGUGCAUUGAAACAUUUCUGUGUUUACAUGUAAAAGAUUGAGAGAACGCUGUUUUCA